UCAUCACGAACAUUUUAGUUUCUUUGGCUUUUAAUUAGUCUUGUCAUCAUCUCGAGCCCAAGUAUAUGAUUAAUUAUCAUAUAGAAGUAUCUUUAACUGAACAAUGGCUGCAUCCCUGGAAAACAAGCGUAAUGUUCACGUAGACACAACGAUACCGGCAGACCAAUUUUAUGGAUUCUUCAAGAACAAUAUGGUCCGCUUCGUCCAACUCUUUCCUAGAAACAUAAAAAAUGUGCAAAUACAAGGAGGAGGUGGGGUCAGAACUGGCUGUAUCAUGUUUUGGAAAUAUGACCUUGGCAUAACAGGGUCUCCAAUGACAGCGAAAGUGAAAGUUGCGGCAGUAGAUGAUGAGAACAAGUCCAUCACCAUGGAAAUCCUUGAAGGAGAUGUUUUUAAAUUUUACAAGAGUUUCAAGGUAAAAAUACAGUUUAAUGAUGUGGAUAACAGCGCAAGCAAGAUAGUUUGGGCUUUGGAGUAUGAGAAAGCCAACGAAAGUGCUCCAGACCCUGAUCACUAUGUCAAUUUUGCUGUCAAGCUUACCAAAGGGAUAGAUGCUCAACUUCGCAUGGCUUAAUUAUUAAUCAUUAAAAUGCAUGCUAUUUGUGACUUCUAAUAAGAACUACGUCCCUACGUUGUGUGCUUUAUAUAUAUAUAUAUAUAUAUGUUGUUGCUUAAUAUGUGUUAAAAACGAAUAAUGUGUUGUCUGAAAAUCUUGCCAGGUUGCUGCUAAAUGCAAAAUAUUGUGGGGUACACCUACAAUAAUAUAUAGAUAUAUAAUAGUGGCAAUAAUGCUAGGUUGUGUACUAUAUUAUGGGCCUUUGGCCAGUAGUAGAGUGCACUAAUUAUAAAUGGUACGUUCUUGUAAGAAAGUGUGGA